AUUGGGUUCGGCGUUGGACUCUUCUCCGCACUCCUGUUUGGUGCCAUGUUGCUCUUCCUCCAGAAGUUCACUGUGUGGAAUUGUGCGUACAUCACUGUGGGCGUGGCCUGUGUCUUUGGCUUCGGCAUGGGCCUCUCAAAAACCGUAAGAGCUGAUGCUGCUGUGAUGCUGCCCUCUCUCUGCUCAAACCACGGCAAGACUUUGGUCUCGUUGGUCCUGGUUUCAGUCGUGGUCUCUGGUCCGAUCUCCAACUCUUUCCACAACAUUGAACUGGCCGCCUCAAGUAUUCUUUGCUCCACUCAGCUCUCAGCCAAUCAGACACAAGAGAUGCUUCGAAGGGCUGCCUCUCCCCUCUCAGCGGCAUUGGAUAAUUUGCGUGAUAUUAGCAACAAAGCUUACAAAACUGCCAAUAGAAUCCAGAACUUGAUUGACACCCUGACCGAUGGUGUCCGCCAUAUUGCCCGGACUCUAAGAAACCUACUACACUUUCUGGUGGACAUCGGGGACAUCUGUAACAAGGAGAUGGGCGUCCCCUACAGGAAGUGCCGACAGCUGUUUGAAGAGGCCAGGCUAAACUGCAAUGAGCUUCUUGGAGAUUUUGACUUCCUAUGUGAGCUUGUGGAUGGCUUCAUGCCCCUUUGUGACCUAGCGAAGGCUGCAGAGGUGUUCUGUGUCAUCCCGUCAUACGUGGCUGAGGAGCUGAAAAAAAGGCUAGCAACUCCAGUGGUGGCGGCUUUAGAGCAGCUAAAGAAGGAGUUUGUUUUUGACCUUGAUGCUUCAGUGACCUUUGACCUGGAAGUGAACAGCAGCCAAUCUCUACAGGAAGUGACACAACAAAUCUUGAAGGAAGUGACAUCAGAGCUGCACAUGCUGGAGAUGCUGAGUCAGCCCCUGAACUACCUUGCAGUGCUGCUUCUGGUGUGGAACUACUACAAGGCGGCUCGCUAUCGACGCCGCUACCUUCGAGAUCUGUACUAUGACAACAUUUACAUCAACACCGCCUUCAAAGAACUGGACCGCCAUGUGACCUCAAAGGGUGGGGCAUCAGUUCUGCCAAUCACAGCACGAGAAUCCCAGGUCUUCAUCACUCCAUUUUCAUUGAGAAUGUCCAAUCAGGAGAGGGAAGCAGUCCUAAUAGACGUGUAUUCUGCACUAAGACACUUGCUGAUUGGUGGAAUCCUGAUGGCAGUGGACUUCCUGAUUUUUUGGAUCUUAGACCAAGUUCAUCAUCAAGCUUCAGUGGACAUUGUAGUACGAUCUCCGGUGAAAGUUCAAGUAUCAGUGAAUGGAUCUGGUUUCGCUGCAGACAUUUAUAGAGACUUGGUCCACUCCUUUCAGAUCCUCCAGGACUACAAUCUUACAGUCUUCAGUCAGGCUUGCGUAGUUAAGCCGCGACACCCAGACAUUGGCACUGCUGUCACUAUUGGGUUCCUCUUGGGUCUGUCUCUUCUGCUUGCGGUUUGCAAAGGCUUCAUCCAGAGAACAAGAAGAGUGGUCUGCUCCUGGUUCCACCCCGAACGAGAGCGAGAACGUCUUAGCCAUCUCCGGAGCAGAAUCCUGGAGGAGCGUCGAUGGGAGAAGAACGCUCAGAGAACAGCUUUCUUGAGAGCAUCCGUGUUCAGAUCUAGAAACCGAGAACGGAUUGAAGCUCUCCUACACAGAAUUCCCGGAGGAUCCAGACUUUUGCGAGUCCUGGGUCUGGAAAAUACCUCUUGCCUGUCGUGUUCGAAUGAGCUGAAUCCAGAAAUGGCUUUGCACUGUGAUAAUUCCACGUGCAGCGCUGUGUAUUGUGGUGUGUGUUUGCUGAGCUGGGCAGCCUACACCCCAAACUCGUGUUUGGGGUGUGGGCAACCUCUGAUCUCUCAGGAUGACCAAAGUGAUAUCAGUGACCUCGAGCUUGGAUCCAGUGAUGAUGAGGAGUCUGGAACAAAACAAAAUCCUGGCCAGAUAAGACCAGUCCAGGACAAUGUUGAAGAACAGCAGGAGAUAGAGGAGUCUGGACCAACACGAAACCCUGACCAGAUAAGACCAAACCAAGACUAUGUCGACAACGUUCAUCCAGGUCGACAACGCUCGUCGAAGUCGACAACGCUCGUCGAAGUCGACAACGUUCAUCCAGGUCGACAAGGUUCAUCCAAGUCGACAACGUUCAUCCAGGUUGACAACGUUCAUCCAAGUCAACAACGCUCAUCCAGGUCGACAACGCUUGUCCAGAUCGACAACGCUCAUCCAAGUCGACAACGUUCAUCCAAGUCGACAACGUUCAUCCAAGUCGACAACGUUCAUCCAAGUCAACAACGCUCAUCCAGGUCGACUACGCUCAUCCAAGUCGACAACGCUUAUCCAAAUAGAUAA